CCCGAGCGGCUCCGCUGGGGAGGCGGCGAGAGAAGUCGGGGCAGAGUGCACCUGCUGGCGCGGGCAGGUGUGCCCCGGUGCGUGGGUGUCCGUGCCCUGGCGAGCGUGCAAGCGUGGGGGGGGAGCCCUGUGUACGAAUGUGGGGGUCUGACUGUGUCGUCGCGAAGGUUUGUCAUUGUGUGUAUGUGACACUAUCACACGAGUGUAUCAGCCAGCCUGUCAGUGCCUGGACUCCUCCAAGUGAACAAGAUCGUGCUGGUGUCAAAUCCCCGCUCCUGGCCCUCGCCUCGCCGCGUCAUUGAUGGGCAACCAACUGGACCGCAUCACCCACCUCAACUACAGCGAGUUGCCCACAGGGGACCCGUCGGGGAUCGAGAAGGACGAGCUGCGGGUCGGGGUCGCCUACUUCUUCUCGGAUGAGGAGGAGGACCUGGACGAACGCGGCCAGCCCGACAAGUUCGGCGUGAAGGCCCCGCCGGGCUGCACUCCCUGCCCGGAGAGCCCCAGCCGCCACCACCACCAUCACCACCACCACCACCACCACCACCUGCUGCACCAGCUGGUCCUCAACGAAACUCAGUUCUCCGCCUUCCGGGGCCAGGAAUGCAUCUUCUCCAAAGUGAGCGGCGGCCCUCAGGGCGCCGACCUGAGCGUCUACGCGGUCACGGCGCUGCCCGCGCUCUGCGAGCCCGGCGACCUGCUGGAGCUGCUGUGGCUGCAGCCGGCGCCCGAGCCGCCCGCCCCCGCCCCCGCCCCGCACUGGGCCGUGUACGUGGGUGGCGGGCAGAUCAUCCACCUGCACCAAGGCGAGAUCCGCCAGGACAGCCUGUACGAGGCGGGCGCGGCCAACGUGGGCCGGGUGGUGAAUAGCUGGUACCGCUACCGCCCGCUGGUGGCCGAGCUGGUGGUGCAGAACGCCUGCGGCCACCUGGGCCUCAAGAGCGAGGAGAUCUGCUGGACGAACUCGGAGAGCUUCGCCGCCUGGUGCCGCUUUGGCAAGCGGGAGUUCAAGGCCGGAGGGGAGGUGCCGGCCGGCACGCAGCCGCCGCAGCAGCAGUACUAUCUCAAGGUGCACCUGGGCGACAACAAGGUGCACACGGCCAGGUUUCACAGCCUGGAAGACCUCAUCCGCGAGAAGCGCCGCAUCGACGCCAGCGGCCGCCUGCGCGUGCUCCAGGAGCUCGCCGACCUCGUGGACGACAAGGAGUAGCCGCGCGGCCGGCCGCCUGCCCCGCCCGUCUCCCCGCGCCCCGCGCCCCGCGCCCCUCCCCGCUCCCGGGCCGCGCCCCCGCCCCCCGCCCCCUCGAGCGCCCUCCUGCGGCCGCCCGCGCGCCCAGGCUGCGCCCUCGCACCCCUCCGGCGGGCGGCGGGAAGUCUCCGGAGCCGGCACCAAAGGGCGCGGGGCCGAGGGCCCCUCCCCUCCCCCCAGCCGUGGCGACGGUGCCGGGAACCCCUGCGUGCGCCUGCCCCGGCGUUGUAACGGGGGAGGGGGGGGAGGAGAAAGGGGCCGAGGGCAGCAGGGAUGCACCGGUCCGUGCCUGCCGCCCGCGCGACUCUAACGGGAACCAUCACCGCCCCCAGACGCGCGCGCGCACCGGCCGGAGGUGAGGCCCCUGCGUGGAAUGUGUCCCCACGUCGCAGGGCUUCCAAGGAAUCGAGCCCGUCCCUUAGGCACUCGAGAACGACUUCCACAAGCCAGCCCCCCGGGACUCCGGGUCCCCCCGAGGCUGCCCGGCACUUUCCCAGCUCCCCGGCUCCGAGUCUCCUCUGACAUCGCAUGCCAGGCUCCGGGCAGAGCGAUGGGGUUUGCUUCCAGUCCUUUCCACCGAGGGAAGCGAACGCCUCCCCUUCACCCCCCACCCCACCCCCACCCCACCCCCACCCCACCCCCACCCCGAUUGCCCGGGAGCCUCCCUCGCUGGCAGCAGGAAGCCUUCCCGGCCCCGAGAUGGACGUGGCGCAGCCACCUUGGGGAGGAGCGCGGGCCCCGCCCCCCGGCGAGCAGAAGGUUCACCUGGCGUCUGGGAACUUGAAUUUGUGCAGAAGGUCGCUGCUUAUUCUUAACCCUAGAUUGCUCCCUCCGUGGGCUGCAUUUCAAAAAUAGUCCUAUUUUUUAAAGGGUUGGAGGAGAGGGAGGGGGAAGACGUGGCAACAUUCCAGAAAACCAGCAUUAUUACAGCACCAUAGCCAGUAUGUUUAGUUUGGCUUUUCCUAACAUAGAAAUCUUAGAAGGCGGGGAAGUGGAAAUAAAGUUUGAGAAGUGGGAGAGCAGGUUUCCAGCUGUGUCAACAAAGCCUAUCGUGUUGAUGUUUUUAUUGACCAUUUUAGCAACAUGCUAAUAAAAUUUCAAAUUGAAAUUUUUAUUUUCAUGGCUUUAAUCCAUGAUAGUUUAAAUACUGGGGGCCAUUAAGAGUGGAUUUAGCUAAGAGCUUAGCUAACAUUGCCUUUUCACUCUAUUUUUCUCAAAUCUUAUGAGAAUUUCUGUUUUUGAAUAUUAAUUUUAUUUUUAUUUUUUGGCUUGAAACGGCAGCCCUAGUAAUGGUGAAGUUGUUAAUCUGUAUAUUGUACUGAAUUUCUGUCAGUUAAGGGGUUUACUGCUUUAGUGGAAAUUGCUAGCAGGUUCCAUGAGGUUUCUUUUCUCCAUGUUGUAUACCAUUACCAUUUCAUAUCUGUAUUUCUGUUUUUCUUCCUGUCCCCUUGCUGUCCUUAAGAAAGGAAUCUAGAAUCGGUGGCUUUACCCCCCCACCCCCUUUAGCCAAUCCCAGAAUCCAUUCCUGAAAACCAGAAAGGACUUGCAGGAUCAGGGCAAAUGUGUCUUUUUCAAAAAAAAAUUACGGCUGUUUGAAACCCCUUCCUUGGGCAAGGACAUACCAACUUCUCUCCUUGUGCUGCAGCCCCAGCUUGACUGUUACUUGAUUCAGUGUUAGACACCUAGAGCAUCAAUGUCCCUUUCCAGGGAAUUUGUUAAAUAAUGGUGUUUAGCUAAUUGUUGCAAGCAAUUGCAUAUUGACAGCUGUGAUUUAGUUGGAUGGCAAAUAUGGCCAAAGCCAGUUUCUUGGCAUUUCAAAAAUAACGCAAUAAAAACUAGUCGAGGUUAGCUGAGACUGGAAAUGCCUUUUUCAUGGUGAAAUGAUUCAUUUCUGUUUUGUUUUUAUUUUAUUUUAUUAUUUUAUUUUUUUGGUUUCCAUCUUGGAUUCAUUCCCUGAUCUUGAAUCAAAAGGUCAGAUCAAUGAAAUAUGAACUAGAGUAUUUUUCUUAAGCCUAUUGAGUGAUUUAUUUUUUAAAAAAUGUUUAAAUGCAUAUGCUUUUCUUUCAGCACAUACAACAGCAAAAGUUUUGUAAUAACUGACUUACCUUUGCAUGUAUGGAGAACUGAAAGUCACUUAUUUCCCUAACUUACUCCUCUUUCAGAUAGCAGAUGGCAGAUCAUAAACCGAAAUUCUUUAUUGUAUCUACCCUCUCCACAUUCUUUACUGUGUCCUCCUACUGUAUCUUGGCUCUCUGCUGUAUUAAACACCAUCCUAAACACUUGUUCCAGCAGGACUCCUUCUUGACAUUUUGUCCUCCACCUGUCACUCAGAGGGCGGAACUUGAGCAAAAGAAAUGAUUCGGUCGAUCACACCUAAUACUAACAUUUAUUUCCUCUGAUGGCACAUAAUCUGAUUUUUCUCUAACCGAGAGGGUCACUAUCACAGUACUGGCUUAGCAGCUUUAUACUUGCUGAGACUAGACUGGCAGUAAAAAUGAAAGUUGGGCACCCUAAGAAGUAUUUAUUCCUGUACUGGUCUGUUAAAGACUGGGCUGAUGAUAACACUGCUACAAAUUAACAAUAGAAAAACACUUGCUACAAGGGGAAUUCCUGGUCCAGGUUAGUAACCGCCAAUGGCAAAGUAAUUCAAAUCCUAGUGCAUUACGGAGAAGAUAUUUUCAAGAUAUUAUCUAAUAGCUUUAUCCGGAAAAAGUGUAUAUUUUAGGGUAUUAUUAGGAAUGUCAGUGAAACCAAAAGGUGGAAAUUACCUUGGAAGAUGGCAUGGACAGACUUGAUUUUUAUUUUGUGUGAAUAGAAUACCUCCGGAUUUUAUCAGAGUUCUAAAAAUUAAAGCCAGCAGCCUCCUAACAUUUUCAUAGAGGUCAGGAAUUUCGUUUUGGUUGUAGUUAUCCUCAAGAGAGCAGAGCUUUGUAGGACCUUUCAUGAUACUGAGUGUGGCUCAGCUGGAGGGCAGACUGUAGGCUCUCUGGUAUAGAGGAAGAGACCCUGAUGCCUCCAUUCUUUCUCCACCUUCAGAGGCAGGCUCUGAAAAGGAAACUACUUAAAAAACUAGAUAAAAUAAAAACUAUGGAGGAGGAGAGAGGAUGAGCAUAUUUUAAACAAAACCAGGUCUGAAAUGCUGUUACUCCCAAAGUGUAUUACUUCAUUAAAAAAAAAAAAAGAAGAAAUGACCUAUAUUAAAUUUAUUUAAAAAAAAUAAAAUCUAUCCUGAGCCAAAUAGAGAACAUAUAAGUUCCUGAAUAUUUAAACUGCUAAAUCCCUGUCACGACUGCAUUUUAUGAAAAGAAAGACUAAUAGUAUUCACUUACAGUUAACACUUGUGCCAGAUUAGAACAAACACAAAAGCACCUGAAAGUCUAAUGAUGUUACAUGAUUUUACUACCUUUUUUUUUUUUUCUUCGAGUGGGAGAAGGAGAGAGAACGUGUGAGAGUGGGGAUGGUGAGAGGGGUAGAGAUAGAUAAUCCUAUUCCACACCUAUCAUGGAGCUGGACUCAGGGCUUGAUCUCACAACCCUGAGAUCAUUACGGGGCCAAAAAUCAAAAGCUGCUUAACCAACUGAGCCACCCAGGUGGCCCGAUUUUUCUACCUUAAAAAAAAAUUUUUUUUUGAUGUUUCUGUUUGUGUCAUGUUUCUAUAGUGAACACUUUUGUUACAAUAAUGAUUUUUUUCAGAAAAGCAUGCUAUUGGUGUUCAUAAAAAUAAUGAGUUAUCUGAAUAAUCAGUACAUCCUAACAGUCUUCAAACAUCAUACCUUAUUGAUUAAUUAUGUUUCAUGUGUGCUUUCAACAUCUCUCAAAGUUCAAUGUCUUAGUUAUCUAAUAAAUGGAGCAGGGUGAAAUUAACACUAACCACACAAACAUAAUAGAGCAACCCAGUUUCCUUUUAUCCAUAUGCAUACCCUCGAAGCCUUCUGCUUUCUCAUUUUUAAACAGAUGAAGAGAAUCUUGUUAGGAUUGGCUUUCAGAGAUGAUUUGCCACAGGCAUAAAAGGUCUGCAGGUGAAGAGUACAGGCUUUCAAGUUUCUUGAAACAUUAAGAACUGUUUUUAGAAAGUGGUUGUCUGACACCUAACUUGACUUGUUUUGUUGGCAAUUGCUAGCUAUUGGAAGAGUGUGUGUGUGUGUGUGUGUGUGUGUGUAUACACACAUAUAUAUACACACACGUAUGCAUUUAACAUAUACACACACACAUUUGCAUAUAUAUACAUGUGUCUCUGUGUCCAUAUAUACAUUCCUACCUAUGGUUAGUGAUGUUCUCAUUCAGAGACAGAUACAGAUGCGUGCACACAUGUGGACUAUUGAGACUUACAGAAACAGGAGACUCUUUCAGGUCCCAACAGCUAGUGAGCAACCCAAUAGCAAGGCAUCCAUGCCCCAAAAUGAGCAUAAACAAAAAGAGGAAAAUGUGAGAGUUGCAGUUAGUUUUUGUCUCAAUUUUAGAAGGAUCUGUUCCUUCUUUCUCUAACUAGAAAGACCUAAGAUUCAGAGGAAAGCUGUGAUGAUAAGGAGGUGAUUACAAAAUAAGAUGCAAGAUGAAGUGGGAAAGUUAGAACGUGAUAAAAUAAAUGAAUAAGCUUUGCAAUGGGGGACACGUGUUCUCUGACCAAAGCCAGGAAAGCCAGGAUUUUAUUCCCAACUGUUUAAUAAUUUAUAAAAUCUCCUUGAUUUCAUCACCGCCUGUUGUAUGUUUACCUCAUUUGAACUUGAAAUAUAAGAGAAUUAGGUAUUUGAAUAUGCUGGGAAAAAGGAAAAAUAGUCUCCCCUGCCUUUGUUGCUGUGAGUUUGUGAUUAUUGCAUUCAUUGGCGCCCCCCACCCCACCCCCCGGGGGAAUAGUCCCUGGUGCUGUGGGGUGCAAUCAAUCUGGUUGACAGGGCCAGGCAUGAAGUAGGUGCUCAGUAAAUCUAAGGCUAACCCAUCUCUCUACCUCAGGUGUCCUCAGUAAUACCUGAUCAGUGUGCCUGAUUUUCUGGGAAAACCCAGAAAAUCCCACCAUUUGGCUUCCCUACAAAAGAACCUAAAUUUCUCUAAGUGAAAUUGGCAAGCUUUCCCCUAGUUAGAACACCCAUAAAAGUAUAAUUUAUGAGGCUUAAGACUGAUACCAGCUAAAAGGUGUUCUGAAUAGUCUGCUAAUAGGGGUAAAAAAAUAAAACUAUCAAAGAAUCCAAAGAUAAAAUGUUCUCUUGUCAUCUGCUCAGAAAGGGAAAGCAAACCAAUAACUCUGACUAUACCUUCUCACAACUUCAUCUCUCAUUUACAUCAAGGGGAGAUUUUUCUUGCAUGAAAUCACAAUAUUAUGCCUUCAGAAAGAAGAUUAUUAUUAAAGCUCUUGCUAAGAAUUUUCUUCAGUUAUGUAGGGAAAAACCUACCAGAAUAUGAACUUAACUCUCUGGGAAAAUUAGAUGUGAUAGAGUUUGGUCAUGUAUAUUUUUCUGAAUAAACAUUAUUCAUUUAUAUAUGAAAAUAUCCAAAUAAUGGCUAUGCCCAUUGGCUCUUAUAAUCCAAUUACUUUUUUUAUGUGAACAUGAGUUCUGAACUUAAUUUUGUCCAAAGGGGAGAUGCUUGUAAAAUAUUAGGUGUGAACAGAGCCUAUGUCCUAAAUUUCAAGCACAAAAUAAAUGCCUCAAAAGUUAAUCUGAAUUAUAUUCAGUGUUCCAAGAAACAGAAGAUCAUAUAAGGCUACUGCUUAUGUGCUUUCCAAGAAAAUUCUUGCCAUCAAUCUACGAUAUAGACAUUAAUGUUCUGUUCAUGCCAUAAUGGGAAACUUGAGGGCUUCUGUUAUGAGUAUACUGAUAUUUGCUUUAACAAAUACAUUAUUAUUCUAAAUUCAAUCAUUUUCCCCUCCAACAGUUCUGCGACAUGCCAGCUCUUUGCUCACUGCCAAACCCCUUGUUUUCAGAUUCUCCUGGGGAAUGAGCAAAUCUGGGGGGAUUGAAUUGACAGUGAUUCUGUAAAACAUCUCCCAGCUCUCGGCACAUGCUUUGUUUUGUCCUGCCUUCCUCUUCUCAGCGGAACUGUCUGCCCAAGGUCUGAGCCAGAGAAAGGCAAGACUCAAGGAUAGGGUGCCCAA